CCCUCCUCUCUCUCUUUUUGCUCUCCCGUCCGCACGUUUUUGGGUCCCCUCUCCUCUCCUCCUCCUUUUCGGUCCGUUCAAUCUUAUAAUCCGUUUUUCUUGACCCCUUUGUCCAUCAAAAUGUUCUCUCUGCGGACGGCGCAACCCGCGCAGUCUUUGCUCCGUCGCGUUGCGGCGCCGACUUCCUUCCGUUCCUCCAUCCCGGCAAGAUCCUUUGCUAGCGUUCAGUCCGAUAUCUUCAAGCCCACUAAGUAUGGCGGCAAAUACACCGUCACUCUCAUCCCAGGUGACGGAAUCGGUGCCGAGGUUGCUGAGUCGGUCAAGACUAUCUUCAAGGCCGACAAUGUUCCCAUCGAGUGGGAGCAGGUAGAUGUUAGCGGUGUUGACACCGGUAACAAGCACUCGGAAGAGCUUUUCAAGGAGUCCAUUGCUUCUCUGCGCCGUAACAAGCUGGGUCUGAAGGGUAUCCUCUUUACCCCAGUUGAGCGCUCCGGCCACCAGUCGUUCAACGUUGCUCUCCGUCAGGAGCUGGAUAUUUUCGCCUCGAUCGUCCUCAUCAAGAACAUCCCCGGCUACAAGACCCGUCACGAGAAUGUUGAUCUUUGCAUUAUCCGUGAGAACACCGAAGGUGAAUACUCUGGUCUCGAACACCAGUCCGUGCAGGGUGUUGUGGAGUCCCUGAAGAUUAUCACUCGCGCCAAAUCCGAGCGCAUCGCCAAGUUUGCCUUUGGUUUCGCUCUUGCCAACAACCGCAAGAAGGUUACUUGCAUCCACAAGGCCAACAUCAUGAAGCUUGCGGAUGGCCUUUUCCGCAGCACCUUCCACAAGGUCGCCGAGAACUACCCGACUUUGGAGGUUAACGACAUGAUCGUCGACAACGCCUCCAUGCAGGCUGUUUCUCGCCCCCAGCAGUUCGACGUUAUGGUUAUGCCCAACCUGUACGGUGGCAUUCUCUCCAACAUUGGGUCUGCCCUUGUGGGUGGACCUGGUGUUGUCCCUGGUUGCAACAUGGGCCGUGACGUUGCUGUGUUCGAGCCAGGCUGCCGUCACGUUGGUCUUGACAUCAAGGGCAAGGACCAGGCGAACCCUAGCGCUAUGAUCCUUUCUGGCUCUAUGCUUCUGCGCCACCUGGGAUUGGACGACCAUGCCAACCGCAUCUCCAAGGCCGUCUAUGAUGUGAUCGGUGAGGGUAAAACGAGGACCCGCGACAUGGGCGGACAGGCUACCACCCACGAGUUCACCAGGGCAGUCCUGGACAAGAUGGAGGCUGCUCUGUAAAUUAUUACCCACUUGAAAACCGACCUCCCACCUUGCAUGUGGUACCUGCUACAAUUAUGAUGAUGAGAGCUUGUAUAGGCCAGUGAAAUGUUUUGAUUUCUAUAUGUAGACCAAGCCUGGCCUUUCUGACUGUCUCUAUAAUUUGUACUCCCCUUCACUCCAUCUGACACAACGACGCGCGGCGUCGGACACAUGAUUGUGUGCUAUGGCGCGUAAAACUGUACACAAACGUUUGAAUUUGAAAGCGUGUCUCUUCAACAUCCGGACUGCUUAGCAAAGAUCCCAGUAGACCAACGACAACUGAGGAAUCCAGUGUUCAGUAGAUACGAAACCCAGCGGCCUGAC